AUGCAGCCAGCCGUACUCCAUUGUCACCCUGCUGCUGUCCCCAGACAGGCCAUCACCGUGUCCUACUCCCGUCCCUGGUGUCCCUGUCCCCAGCAGUCGAUAUCCCAGCAGGGUCGAGCUGAGCGCACUGACGGCAUCGCCGAGCCGGGAGCAUCCACUGCAUCCCUCACCCACGAGGUGCCGGUGGGGACCCCUCCCGGCCCUUGCACCCCCACCCCGUGGCUCUGCCCUGCCAGUGGCAAGGUCACAGGGGCAGGCAAGCAGCGAAGCCAUGGUGGCCCUGCCACUGCCCUGGUGCUGGGGACGCUUGUCCUCAACACCCUGCCGGCGGCUGUGGACUUUGUGCUGAGCGCGGGAGUGGCGGCGGCGACGCGUCUGCUGGUGCUGGCAGAGCCCCAAAUCGCCCACGAGACCCGGCUUUGGAGAGCAGGAGGCGCAGAGACCUUUGAAUACUGUGAUGUGGUCAUCAACAGCCAGGAGAAGGUUUCAGACCAGUACACACAGCUGGAGAAGUUGGGAGAGGGAAAAUUUGGAACGGUGUACCAGCUGCAGGAAAAAGCCACCGGCAAAAUCCGGGCUGGGAAAUAUUUCCGGACGCGGACGGCUAAAGAGAAACAGGCGGCUCAGGCUGAGGUGGAGCUCAUGAACCUGCUGCAUCACCCACGCCUCGUGCAGUGCCUUGCUGCCUUCCAGGGCCCCGUUGAACUGGUGAUGGUGAUGGAGUAUGUGGCAGGCGGGGAGCUCUUUGAGCGCAUCGUGGACGAUGAUUUCGAGCACACAGAGCCCAGCAGCACCCAGUACAUGCGGCAGAUCCUGGAGGGGCUACAGUUCAUGCAUGGCCAGGCCGUCGUCCACCUUGACCUCAAACCUGAGAACAUCGUCUGCAUCAGCCCCAGCAGCCACUGGCUCAAGAUCAUUGACUUUGGCUUGGCACGGAAGCUGGCUCCAGAUGCCCCUGUGAAGGUGUUGCACGGCACCCCUGAGUUCAUGGCUCCGGAAGUGGUUGCCUUUGAGCCUGUGGGCUUCUCUACUGACAUGUGGAGCGUUGGUGUCAUCUGCUACAUCCUGCUGAGUGGGGAGUCCCCCUUCCAGGGGGAUGACGACAUGGAGACGCUGAGCAACAUCACAGCUGCUCAGUGGGACUUUGAGGAGGAGACCUUCUCGGAGAUCUCCCAGCAAGCCAAGGACUUCAUCAGCCAACUGCUGCAGAAGGACCCCCGCCACCGGCUCUCCAGCGCAGGGGCUCUGCUGCACCCCUGGCUGCAGCAGCCCCAGCCCAGCAGCACCAAAGCACUGUCAAAGGAGAGGAUCAAGCAGUUCCUGACUCGUCGGAAGUGGCAGAAAACAGGCAAAGCUCUGCUGGCCCUCAACAGGUUGACCUUGCUGUCCCAGAGCCCAGAGAGGAAAGCAUCAGAGGCUCAGGAUGAGGAAGACCCAGGCUGCAGCCCCGAGGAGGACCAAGCCUCUGGGUCUCUGCCCCAACGAGGUCCCAGCUUCUCAGAGCUGCUGAAAGACCAUGAGGAGGAAGAGGAAGGUGGGAGCACUGCGGCCGCAGGGGAGGCAGAGAGCAGUGUCAGUGUGGUCAUCGCACCCCAGCCCUGGACCACCUAG